AUGGCUGGUUGCAGGAAAUCAGCAGUUUCUUCACACUCUCCUCACCGCAAUCCCUUAAUCGAGAACCGACAUCACCACCGCAGCUCCACCGCAGGCGUCGUCUCCCUCGGGACGCAGAUUAGGAGAAGUGUGGCUAUAAUCGGGGAUAACAAAGAGAAUUCCUCACCGAAUUGCGCGAAUCCUGAAGAAAAGCUCAAUCGGAGAGAAACCGCCGAUGAACACGCACCGAAUUCUAAACCGUUUUCGAAUGCGAAAGCUCAAUCGAAGAACGAACCUAUCAAAAAAUCGUCGCUCCAAUCGUGUAUGAAGAAACACGAACCUGAUUCGGAUCUAGGGUUGAAGAUUUGGGACGAACCGUACGAUUCGUCGGAGAAGUCCGGCCACUUAUGGGACCACCAUUCCGAUUCGGAAGCCGCUCCAGCUCCGCCGUGGUCCACGCUUCCAAAUCGAUCGUUGCUGUUUAGGCCUUUGCCAGUAGAUGUUGGGAGAUGCACUUGUAUCAUAGUGAAGGAAUCAUCCCCAAAUGGAUUCGAUGGAGGAACUUUGUACACACUUUACACCAAUGAGGGGAAGGGGAGGCGGAAUCGAAAGCUGGCGGUGGCGCGGCACCGGAGGCGGAAAGGGAGAUCGGAGUUCACGGUGGCGCAGAAUGUGAGAGGCAUAGUGACACCUUCAGAUGAGAGUUUGAUUGGGACAAUGAAUGCUAACAUUGUUGGUACUAAAUAUCAUAUUUGGGAUCAAGGCGAUUGUCGGAAUUCGCUGACCCGAAUCCACCCCAAAUUGUUGGCUUCUGUUAGCUUUGCGCCAACGGUGUCGACUUGGACCGGGAAUUACAGAAGCAUGAGAGCCUGGAUACCCAAGCAUCAAUCAAUGCAGCUCAAGAAUACAAACCAGGUACAGCAGCAGCAUAUGAAUGGAUUACCAAUGGAGUGGGAGAACAACAAGGACAGAGUUCAUCAGCUCUUCUCCAAGAUCCCUUCUUACAACAAGUAUUCGAAACAGUACGAGUUGGAUUACAGAGACAGAGGGAGGGGGGGUGGGGGUGGUGCAGGGUAUCAGAUUCUAAGCUCAAUGAAGAACUUCCAAUUAACUCUGGAGAGGAAUGGAAAGCAAACAAUCCUUCAGCUGGGAAGAGUUGGGAAGUCUCAAUACCUAAUGGACUACAGAUAUCCAAUGAGUGGUUACCAAGCAUUUUGUAUAUGUUUGGCAUCCAUUGAUUCAAAACUCUGCUGCUCAGUAUGAUGAGUAUGAAUAUGAGAGAGUGAGGGAAGUUGCAGCUGCUGGCUGGGCUGUCUUUGUCUUUGUGUGUUCA